AUGUUCCGCAUUUGUUCUCUGAUCUUCGCUCUGGUGCUUGUGGCCUCGGCUGCUCCUUCUCCCGGAUAUCUGGAGUACCCCUCCGCGCACUCCCACUACGGAGUGGCUGUGGCCCCGGUGGUCAAAGUGGUGCCCGUCGUGAAGCAGGUGCCUGUCGUGAGCCACGUCCCAGUCGUGAAGCAUGUCCCGGUCGUGAAGCACGUGUCCGUGGUGGAGCACGUUCCCGUGCUGAAGUCCUACUCCCCAGUGGUCUAUGCUCCAUCGUAUGCUCACUCCUACGGCGUGCCCUCCUCCUACGGCCAUCAGAUCUACCACCGCCAAUGA